AGGCGGCAGCCUCCUUUUCUCUUCUGUGUCCCAGCCAUGGCUGCCACAGCGUUGGCCUCCUGGCAUCAUCCUGGGGGAAAGGACAAGGUGAUGUGGAAGGUGCUGGUUAUCGCGGCCCUGCUGCAGGCACAGCUCCCGGUGACAGGGGCUCAGAGCUUAGGCCUGCUGGAUCCCAAAUUGUGCUACCUGCUGGAUGGAGUCCUCUUCAUCUAUGGUGUCAUUAUCACUGCUCUGUUCCUGAGAGCAAAGUACGGCAGGAGCGCGGCCGCGCCCGAGGACCAGCAGGGCCCCAACCAGCUCUACAACGAGCUCAAUCUGCGAGGAAGAGAGGAGUACGAGGUUUUGGAUAAGAGACGCGGCCUGGACCCGGAGAUGGGAGGAAAGCAGCAGAGGAAGAGGAACCCUCAGGAGGUCGUGUACAAUGCACUGCAGAAAGACAAGAUGGCAGAGGCCUACAGUGAGAUUGGGAUAAAAAGCGAGAACCAGCGUCGGAGAGGGAAGGGGCAUGAUGGCCUUUACCAGGGGCUCAGCACGGCCACCAAGGACACCUACGAUGCCCUCCACAUGCAGGCCCUACCUCCUCGCUAACAGCUCCAGGUCUCCCACCGAACACAGGCCAACUCCGCAGACGCCCAGAUUGUUAAAGACACAGGAUAAAGCGUUUAUAACCCGGUUCACUCGUAUUUCUCCACCGCCAAAGUAUUCCCUCUUUAUGAAUUGGGUACUUUGCACUGUAACAUUCGGUCAUAUCCAAUUCAACCAUCGUCCCCGGGCUCUGUAGGGGAGUGCUCCCCCAAGCUUAUGGCCCGUCCUCGAGGAAGAGUUGUGACACUCUGGGCUCUUCGGGUUUGAUGGAGACUGUGGCCGGGCCCCUACCCUGGAAGCCCCAGGCUCUUACCUGGGAGAUGGGCACCCGCUUCUCACAGCCGUGUUCAGUCUGUUUUGUCAGGUCCCCUGAGAACCCCCCAGUGUUUGCACGUAGCCUAAUAGUUUUUAGUGUUCUGUCAGUAUUUGAAUGGCUUUGCUCCUGCUGUAAAUUUGGCUUCUGUUUGCCUCAUUUCAGGGGAACUUGUAAUCAAGGCCAAGGGACUGUUGUGCCUCCUGGUGACAGGCCUGAGUAGAGGUGGGGAGGGGAGGAGAGCCUCUGCAGGUACAGCUCAGGGGCUGGUGAAGGGGAGCAUGGGCUGGAGUGUGGGGCGGACAGGCAUCCGUUCCCCCUUGCAGGGCUUAGCACCUGGAGGCUAGGUGCUCCGGGGACCCCGUGAUGAACCAGGGUGCUUGCCGUCAUGGGGCUCACUCUCAUGGGGGACACAAACCGGGAAGAAACUGGCCUCAAAGAGCAGAGGAAGUGCAGAGUGUAGGGGCGAGGGAAGGGAGCAAUAGGGCACGAUCUCCAGGCACCUGUUUGAAGCACCCAGAGGGAGGGCCAGCUUCCCUGUCCCCACGAGGCCUCCACAGGUGGCCCGGCCCCGCACACCCCUGUGGACACCCUGUGUGGACUACCAAGAACAUUGCUGUGGGAGGUCUCAUGUGUAACCCUCUCUGUUCUGCUUGGUCUUAAUUUAUACUGGUUUGCUAAAGCCUUACUUACUCUUUUGCACAAUAAACGCUUUGGUGAAAAUGCUGCCUUUACCCUGGGCUCUCUCUGGGUGGUCCAGCAGGUGAAGCUAAU